AUGGUCAGACUAGAGCUUUCAAUUGAAGCAAGUAAUCUAAAGAAUGUUGCGGGAGCGUUCAAGGGAACUUCAGAUCCAUUCGCAGUAGUUACCCAAGUUGCAACCACCGCUGACGAACGGCCGCAUGUACUCGGAAAGACUGAAGUUGUAAAGAAUAAUCUGAACCCUCACUGGGCCAAAAUUUUCACUUUUGACUACCAACUAGGGUCCCCAGCCAAACUUGCGAUUAACAUCUUCGAUGAGGUUCGAAAAUCAGAAAACAAAUCAAUGGGAAGUGCGGUUUUCGAAGUUGAUACCCUUCUUGCUGCCCGUGGAGGGACCAAAACAAGAAGGGUUAGAAACGGUGGGACAGUUACUGCAGUGAUUCGAAAAAGCCAAGGAGAAGGGGCGCUACGCUUCAAAAUGUCUGGCGUAGACCUGAAGAACAAAGAAGGAUUCCUGAGAAAAUCUGAUCCUUUCUUUGAGUUGGUCCGUAGAGAUGAUACAGCUGGCGGUGCUACAUUCAACACUGUCUUUCGUUCGGAAGAUGUAAAGGACAAUCUUUCACCUGACUGGAAGCCCGCCAGCGUUGAAAUCAGUCAGCUUUGCCGCGGAAAUCUGGAUUUAUCAUUCUACGUAAAGAUUUAUGAUUUUGAAUCGAACGGGAAGCACAAACUAAUGGGUCAAUUUGAAACAACAGUUAACGCGAUGGUACAGGGAGCUGGAAACGCAUCGAUUCCUGUCACGCUGAAAGGCGAGGAUGCCGGGACCGUCAUCUUACACAAAGCGGAGCUGUCGCUACCUCAGUCGGAAAAGUCUUCGGAAGGAGGUAUGGAGGAAAGAAUGGCUCAGAUGUCCAUCUCUCCCUCUGCCAUUCCAAAACCAGACGACAAGCCUACAUUCGUUGAUUACAUUUCUGGGGGAUGCCAGUUGAAUGUCACUGUCGCAAUUGAUUUUACUGGUUCAAACGGGGAUCCUCGUCAACCUGGAACGCUGCAUUACUUACACCAAGACGGUCAGCUCAAUGAUUAUGAAAAAGCCAUUACAUCGAUCCUAUCCAUUUUGCAGAAAUAUGAUAGCGACAAGAAGUUUCCUGUCUUGGGUUUUGGUGCAAAGUACAACGGCGAAGUCCGACAUGCUUUCCAAUGUGGUACGGCUACAGAAGUCAUUGGUGUGAAAGGAGUACUGAGCGCCUAUCGAGAUGUGUUUGGUUCCGGUUUGAUCAUGUCCCGGCCCACUGUUUUCCAUGAGGUCAUGGAGUAUGCUGCCAAACGUGCUGAGCAAUCACUCAACGCGGCCUUGGCUUCCGGUGGUCAAACCUAUUCCAUUUUGCUCCUAUUGACUGACGGAUGUGUCAGCGAUAUUCCAGCAACCGCGGAAUGUUUAAAAAAAAUGGCCGACAAACCAAUCUCCGUGGUUAUGGUGGGUGUGGGAUCGGACGAUUUUUCGGGCAUGGACUUUUUGGACAACUUGGGCGAGUCGGGAGUCCGGGAUGUAGCACAAUUUGUUCCGUUCAACGACUAUUCGGAGUCUCCCUCGGAUCUGUCCACUGUCACUCUGCACGAAGUUCCUCGCCAACUCACGACCUUUUUCCAAAACAGAGGUAUCGAACCGCUCAGUCGACAGCUGGUCGACGAAUCCAGUGUCGACGAAGAGGAAGAACCAGAGAUUGACAUCUCAUUAGACUUGAGUUCUGAUGAGGUAACUGUAGCUGGUGGUGGCUACCAGUGCAAGGGCUGGUAA